AUAUGAUAGAUCUAUGCAACUUACAAAACAUGAGUCUAUCAUAUUUACAUUGGACCGCUAUCUUAUUCUCUCUUGUCCACCAUAAAUUCAAACAGCUUCUUUUCUUCUCAUCUGCUUCCCUACCCCCUUCAUUAACUUCCUCCUUUUGUCUCCUUCCUCUUUGGCCCUUCUUAACUUUCCAAUCCUCACCUCAAUCUUUGUCCCCAACACAACACAUAUUUCUCCAACAACAAUAACAUCAAAUGCAACCAUCAAACCUCGAAUCGUUCAUCGACUCAACAACCCCUGUUCUACCAUCCCGAUCCCUCCCCAAGAGUGAGGUUAUGAAGCUUAACCGGCUGUGGCAUCCGUUUGAAACAGAGGAAGUUGAGUUCUUCACGUUGAGUGAUGUUUGGAACCGGUUUGAUGAGUGGAGUGCUUACGGUGCCGGUGUGCCGGUGAAUAUCGGAGAAGAAGAUGAAAUGAUUGUUCAGUAUUAUGUUCCCUACUUAUCUGCCAUUCAAAUAUUUACCAGCAGUUCUACUUUGAACUAUUUAAGGGAAGAGACUGAUUCAGAAACAAGGGAUUCAUUUAGUGAUUCCUUCAGCGAUGACAGCGAGAGCGAGAAGCUAUCGAGGUGGGAUGGGUGCUCAUCGGAUGAAGGUGUAUUCGACCAAGAUAGCCCUUUGCAUUUUAAUGACCGCCUCGGUUACCUUUAUUUUCAAUACUUUGAAAGAUCAGCUCCUUACGAAAGAGUUCCUCUCUUGGACAAGAUUUGUAUGUUCUCUCAAAAAUACCCCGGAUUGAUGUCCUUAAGAAGCGUCGAUCUUUCGCCCGCUAGUUGGAUGGCAGUUGCAUGGUACCCAAUAUAUCACAUUCCAAUGGGGAGGACCAUAAAGGACUUGUCCACAUGUUUCCUCACUUACCAUACCCUUUCAUCAUCAUUUCAAGACGACACAGAUAACGAAUAUCAGAAUGACGCGUCAAAAAAAGAAGAACAAAGAAGAGGUAGGAAUCCGUCUGCGUGCAUUUGGAAUGGCCACUUACAAGAUGCAAGGGGAUGUGUGGAUCUCGGGUGGGAAUGGCAAGGAUCAAGAAAAGCUUGUUUCGCUUUUGAAUGUGGCAGGUUGCUGGCUUAAGCAGUUGAAUGUACAACACCAUGAUUUUAACUACUUCAUGAGAUGCCAUCAAUGUUGAUGACCAUGUAAUGCAACUUUUCAAAGAUUCGAGCUAGCAUAAGAGCGUGUGUGUGAGAGAGUGAGAUACAGAAAGAGAGGGUUUAGGGAGUAGGUUUUAGUUCGUUUUUCUCUUAUGUGUCUUUAACGUCGAGUUAGACGUAUCGAAAAGCUUAUGGGGUUGUGGGUUUUGUGUAUAUAUUAGAUAAGGAGCUAAUGAAUGUGAUAAAAAGGCUUUACUAUGUACAUAUGAUGGUGUUCUAUGAUAACUUUAGAGAAUUAACGAAGUGGUCAGUAUCAAGGUAA